AUGAACCGAAUAUUUGGGGUUGGGAAAAAGAAGGUGGAGGCCCCUCCCGCCCCUACAGGGCCGUCUCUGGCCGAGACCAGUGAGCACUUGGACAGCCGAGUCACAUUAUUAGACAAGAAAAUCAAACAGUGUGAUGAGGAUCUAAUCAAGUACAAGCAGCAGAUGGCGACUAGGUCUGGUGCGGUCGGGGCCAAGCAGCGAGCAUUGGCAGUAUUGAAGAGGAAGAAGAUGUAUGAGGCCCAGAGGGAUCAGAUGAUGAACACGCAAUUCAAUGUGGACCAGGCGGCCUUCACACAGGAGCAGAUUCAGACUAAUAUCAACGUGGUGGAGUCGAUGAAGGUAGCCAAUAGCGCCAUGAAGUCCCAGAUGAACGACUUCAACAUCGAUCAUGUGGAGGAUGUUGUAGACGAUAUGGCGGAUAUUAUGAUGGACCAGGAAGAAAUCAACGACAUUUUGGGUAGAAGUUAUAACUUACCUGAGGGUUGCGAUGAUGCUGCUCUGGAAGCUCAAUUCUCCAUGCUAGAAGAAGAGGUCGCCAUGGAUAAGGAGAAUGAGCUCCGCGCGGUAGUGCAGACCAGGGCCAGCGCCACUACACUCGUUGCUGGGCUCUCAGGGACCAUCAGCUCCGACGUACUUGCCAACUACAUUGCCGGGACUAGACAAGCCAGUGUCUGCUCCAACAGCGCCUUACUCAACACCAGUAAUAAGCACUCGUCGGGCAACAUUAUGGAGUAUAACGGUGGCAGUGUGAUUGCUAUGAAGGGCGAAGGCUGUGUCGGAAUCGCCUGCGAUCGAAGAUAUGGCGUCAACCAGCUGCAGACGGUCUCGGCCAACAUGCAGAAGGUGUACCCGAUGACAUCCCGAUGCUUGGUCGGAUUCCAAGGCCUCGCCACUGACUCCCAAACACUAUCUCAGCUGCUGAAGUUCCGCUUGAAGCUGUACAAGUUGAAGGAGGACAGGGAGAUGCCAUGUGACGUUGUGAGUCACUUGAUGGCUACUAUGCUCUACGAGAAACGGUUCGGGCCCUACUUCUGUGAGCCUGUUAUUGCUGGUCUUAAGAACGAUGGCGAGCCCUUCAUCUCUUCCUUUGACCUUAUUGGCACGGAAUCUACUGCCCCCGAUUUCAUCGUCUCUGGUACGGCUACCGAGCAGCUCAUGGGUGUAGCCGAGAGCUUCUGGAGGGAAGGCAUGGGCCCUGAGGAGCUCGCUGAGGUCCUGGGCCAAUCGUUGCUCUCGGGUAUUGACCGCGACUGUCUCUCUGGAUGGGGUGGCGUGGUCUAUAUACUUACCGAUAAAGAGUUGAUCACAAAAACACUGAAGGGAAGAAUGGACUAA